AACUGUACAAAUAUUCCUCUUAUAUACAUUUUCCAUGAGAAACUUGCUUUAUACUGCAUUUCACCUUUGCCCUUAGCUUCCUUUAUCUACUUUUUACAGUACAUAACAUAUUCCCCACAACAUUUACACAUCAUAUAUCACAAACUCCACAUUUACAAAAUUUGGAGUUUCAAUUCUUUUGUAAAAAAAAAAUAAAAAUACAAUGAGUAUUUUAACAAGAGCUCCAAAGAAUUCUUGGCAGCCAGUGAUGAUUGCUGAUACAACAAUUCAUAAGUACUGGCUUAAUUGGAGGUUCUUACUAUGUUGCAUUUGGGUUUCAACAUCAAUGAUUUUUGCAGCAAUACUUGUAAAAAAGUAUGAAGGUUCUCGAAUUCGAAAAAAUCGAAACAUUGAAGCCCAAAAAACAGAGUCCUCUGGUUUAUUGUAUCAAGAUGAAGUUUGGAGGCCAUGUCUUAAAACUAUACACCCUGCUUGGCUUCUUGCAUUUAGAGUUUUCGCCUUUUUGAUUCUUCUGUUGUUGCUAAUCUUAAAUGUUACUGUUGAUGGAUGGGAGAUAUUUUACUAUUACACUCAGUGGACAUUUACGCUGAUUACUAUUUAUUUCGCGAUUGGAUCUGUUCUUUCGAUGUAUGGAUGUUAUAAGUAUCACAAUAAAAUUGGUAUCGAUGCAACUGAUAAUGAGAGAUUAGAUACUGAGUAUGAUUCACAAAAUUCUGCAAAAUAUAUGAGGGAAAAUGCUGAAGCAGAACAGCCUUCUCGUCAAAUUGCUGAGUUUUGGGAAUAUGUUUUUCAAAUAAUAUUUCAGAUGAAUGCAGGGGCUGUAACGCUUACGGAUUGUGUUUUCUGGUUCAUACUUGUUCCAUAUUUAACCAUCAAAGGCUACAAGUUGAAUUUUUGGAUUAUAAAUAUGCAUUCAGUCAAUGUUGUAUUUCUACUUGGUGAUACUGCUCUGAAUUGUUUGCGGUUUCCUUGGUUUCGAAUUGGAUACUUCUUUCUGUGGACAGGAGUUUAUGUUAUUUUCCAGUGGGUUGUUCAUGCCUGCAUUUCAAUCUGGUGGCCCUAUCCAUUUCUUGAUCUAUCAUCUGCAGUUUCACCUUUGUGGUACUUGUUGGUGGCAUUUAUGCACAUACCAUGCUAUGGUGUUUUUGUUUUGGUAAUGAAGCUGAAACACCAUUUGCUUUCGAAGUGGUUUCCUCAGUCUUAUCAGUGUGCAAGAUGAUACACCAACUUCCACGCGCUUCCAUCCCAACCAAGUCAGGAUCGGCUGUAUGAAUCCUCAUUGUACUAAGGCCAAAUAACAAAUUUUUCAGCUUUCAAGACGGCUAUAGCAGCUCGUGAUUUUGAACACCAAACUUGGAUCUUUUGUUCUUUUUUCUGGAAGGAACGACGAAAUGGAAAAAAAAAGUUAUUUAACAAAGUAGUUGUGAAUCUUUAGAAGUUUAGGCAAAAAAAAAAAUACAGUGAUUUAAACUUCUGGUUUGUUAGAUGUACAUUUUGGGGUAACUAUGGAAACAGAGAUUUUCUUAUUUAUAUAACUAUUCACUUGCAAUGUG